AUGGAAUAUAAAAUUGAAAUUUUUGGUACAAAAUUAUUAAUUGACAAUUUUAUCAUGAUUAAAAACAAAAACCGUAACAAUAAAUAUUAUUGGGAAUGUGAAAAGAGGAAACAUACUAAACGGCAUAAUAGUAAUAAUGAAUAUUGUAAUGCAAGAGCAGUAACAAUUCUUGUUGAUGGUAAUCAUAUUGUUAAAGAUAAUUCUUUUUUAAAUCACAACCAUGGGCCUGACCCAUGCCGAUUGUUGGUAAAGAAAAACAUAAAAUAUAUUGUUUCAAAAGCUCUGUCUUCGAGAGAUAAACCUUCGCAAAUAAUACAGGAAGCAACGAGUCGCAUCCCCGUCAAUUCUCAGCCAUACAUGCCAUCAGUUGAAGCAACGCGAAAAAUUAUUUCACGGUGUAGAAAACAUCAGAAACCACCAGAACCAACAAGUCUUUCACAAAUAGAUAUUCCUCUUAACUUAUGUAAGUCUUUUAAUGGUCAAACAUUUUUACUAAAAGAAAGUACUAUUGAGAGUCACAAAAUAUAUAUUUUUUCUACUAAAGAUGAAAUAUCAAAACUUGUCAAUGCCAAUUAUUGGGUUAUGGAUGGUACAUUUAAAACUGUGCCAAGUAUAUUUUUACAAAUGUACACUAUACAUGCACCUGUUGGUGGAAAUAAUUCUAGAAUUUUGCCAUUAGUAUAUGUUUUAAUGACCAGUAAACAACAAUGUUGUUACGAACGUUUAUUCGAAGACCUAAUAUCAAUUUGUGAUGGUUUCGGUUUCGAUGUUUCACCAAAAUGUAUUAUAACAGAUUUCGAAAAAGCUGCAAUUAUAUGCUGCAUUUAA